UUAACAAUUAUGGCCGGAUGUUGUAUUUUUUAUUUUUUUGAGAGAUGUAGUGAUGUCCAAAUGCAGCCUGCACCACUUUCGCCAACAUAGCAACAUGUCGUAUAUAAACGAAUGAGAAAAACCGGUAUUUUUCAUUCAUUCAUUUCAGUUUUCCACUUCUCUUCAGUACUUUGAGUUGUCUUGUCUGUGGUUCAGUGGUUGUCAAAUGCUCGAUUACAUUAUUUAUUUACAAAAUUCGGCUUUAUUCUUCUUAAAAAAUAGACUUCUAACGAAUACUAAAAGUUUUUGCAGAAAAUUUAAGCUACGUAUAACUAAUGGCAUCGCUGCUUUUACUUAGGUCUAUGUUGUAUGCCAACGCUUUACACAAAUCCAAGAAAAAGAAACAAAAAAAGCGUAAGAAAUCUAAAUCGUAUAAUAGUAUAGCAAGCUUUAAAAUAGCUCCAGGCAUGUGCAGAAUAUGUGCUUCAGAAAAUGGGGAUGUUCCCAUUUUCAACAACUUUGUACAACCCAAUAUUGCGGAAGAAAUAAAACAUUUUUCCGGUGUUACGAUCAGCAAGACUGAUACCAUGACACAGAUGUGUCAAAACUGCCUUGAUCUACUCAAUGGGUGUAUCAUGUUCAGGGAUAUGUGCCAAAAGAAUAACAAAAGAUUUCAAGAGUUAGAAGAGUUAUCUGUGAAAGAAGAAUAUAUAAAAUGUGAAAGUAACGAUCAAAAUGAUGAUGAUCAAGAGCCUAAUGACCUGCCAGACGAACACAAUGAAGACAGUAAUGAUUCUUACAACAUGCCCUCGCCUACUUUUUCUGAUGAUGCAGCUAUUUGGGGUUGUAAUACAUGUGGAAAAGACUUCUUUGAUAUGGAUUCCUAUAGUGACCAUCUAUCGCGUUGUCCUGGAGACAGUGCGCCUAAACCACCAGAAGAACUAACAAAGAGAAAAUUUCUUUGUGAUAUAUGUGGUAAAACAUGCUCAUCCAAUGCUAGUCUGCUAGUGCAUAUGGGUAUCCAUGAAAACAUAUUUCCUUUCAAAUGCGACGUGUGUCCAUACCAAGGCCGCACCAUGGACCUGCUGAAGGUGCACAAGAGAUCUCACAUGGCCGACAAGCCGUUCAAAUGUACGCAGUGCCCCAAGGCCACCACCACGUCCAGUAAUCUCGCAAAGCACAUGCGCCAUGUGCAUAGCACGCAGAGACCUUUCAAGUGUACAUACUGCGACAAGGCAUUCUCGUACCAACACGACAUGAAGCGACACAUCAAGGACAUCCACCUGAGGCAGGGCACUGUCGAGUGCGACGUCUGCUACAAGAAAUUCAACACUAAGAAAAUACUACAAGGUCACCGAUGGAAAAUUCACAAAAUCAAAGGGGAACGGCAAGGACGCCUACCGUCGUACUUGCAAUAUCGAAUGGAGGAACAAGACCACCACGAGCAAAUCGCCAUAGGACAUAUUGAGCAGCCCUACUGAUAUUCAUAAAACAUCUACUAGCCGGGAUAUUCAAUACCUAAUAAGGACAGUAUGUACUAGUAGUAGGUACCUACAAUAGCAAAGAAAAUUUUAAAUAGAGGCGGAUGGUCGAAUAAAACUUUGUAGCCACAGUCAAUUUACUGCCAUGUUACAUAUCAAAAAAUGGCGCCAUCUAAUAGAUCAAAGGCCAAAGCUAUGGCAACAUCGUUUCGAGCGAUGGCGUCGUAGCCUUUAGGUUGUGCCCGAUAAGAUGGCGCCACUUUUUGAUAUUUAACACAUAUCAGUGAAAUAAUAAGGAUCAAAGUCAAAUGGCAUUGUAAAAGUUUUAAUCAUGUGUUGAAAGAUAGCAGUAAAUUUACGUGGCUACAAAGUUUUCAAUGACAAUACACCUCUAUUUCAAACUCUCUUUGAUAAUAGGUAGUAUUAGUGCAAUAUAUGGUCUGCCG